AUGCAACCAUUUGUAGAACAACCACAAUUUUUACUUGAACCAAAAUCUUCAUUUUUAUUUGAAAAUCUUCCUGUUAAACUUGAAUGUAAAGCUAUUCGAACAAGACAAAUAUUUUUUAAUUGUGAUAAUAAAUGGGUACCUGAACAUGAACAUAUGAAAUCCAUUGAAACAAAUGAUAAAGGUAAUGUUAUUAUUAUAACAAUAAUUCAAUUAAAAGCAGAACAAGUUGAAUCAAAUACAUAUAAAUGUUUUUGUCAAGCAUGGUCAGCAACAGGUGGAACACUGAAAUCUCGAACAGCAACUAUUGAACUAGCUUACUUGGAUAAAAUAUUUGAAUGGGAACCAUUAAGAACCGAUAGUAUAAUUAAUAAAUCAGCUGAAUUACGUUGUCGUCCACCAAGUGGCAAUCCAUAUCCAAAAGUAACAUGGUUGAAAGAUAAUCAACUAGUUGAAAUAAAUCGUAAUGGUCGUUUUAUACUUUCAAAUGAAAAUUCUUUACUUAUUGCACAAGUAAAAAAAAGUGAUGCAGGAAAUUACACAUGUGUUGCAACAAAUAUUGCUGGAACUUAUUCAAGUGAACCAGCUGAAUUAAUUGUUCAUGAUGAUCGUGGUUGGUCAGAAUGGCAAGCAUUUUCUGAAUGUAAAGGUAUACCAUGUAGUAUAGGUCGUCAACGACGAAUGCGUACAUGUCUUAAUCCACCAACAAUAACGAAUAAACCUAGUUGUGAUGGAGAUCAAAUACAAGAAAGAGAAUGUUCUGUAUCUUGUCAAAAAGAUUUUUCAACAGAUACUGAUUUUUCUGAAUGGUCACCAUGGUCAAAUUGUAUUGGUAUUCCAUGUCGAAUAGGUAAACAACAACGUAUUCGAACUUGUUUAAAACAAUCUCUAUGUCAUGAUAAACAAAUACAAGAACAAGAUUGUUUUGUACCUUGUUUAAAUAAAAAUCUAUCAUCAUUAGCAUUACCUCGAACAUCAUUAAACGGUAUAUAUUCAAAUUGGACAAAUUGGUCAGCAUGUCGAUCAUCGGAUUGUACAUCUAUACGUACACGAAAAUGUUUAGAAGAACCAUGUCUUGAUUAUUUAAUUGAAAGUCGUCCAUGUAAAGAAAAUUCAUGUUCAAAUACUAAUAAUCCUGGCAGUCAAGUAUCUGCCCUCAAUGUGAUCAUUUAUUCAUCGACUGGUUUCGGUGCUCUCAUGUUUCUUUUAUUAGCUAUUCUAUUUGUUAUUAUAUAUUGUCGUCGUCGACAACGUAUAACAAGAAAAAAAGGUCUAUCAACAUAUAUUCCAUCAAAAACAACAUGUAGUAGUUGUCGUAUUGAAAAAAAUGAAUAUCCAUUUUAUUAUUCAAUACAACAAGAUACAACAUCAACAAGAUCUGGUACAUCACAUAAUAAUUCUAUAUCAUUAACAAAUUCUGAUCUUGGUAUUGAAAAAGAAAAAUUAUUAUUUUUAAAUGAAUCAUCAUUAAAUAAACAAUUUCAUACAUUAAAAUCCUUAAAUCAAAAUCAUUUAAAUAUAAUCUAUGAAAAAAUUCUACAAUCUUUACCAGAAAAUAUUGAUUUACGUUAUUUAACUGUAUCUAUACUUAACAAUACAGGUUGUUAUCUUGAAAUUCCACAUACAGGUGUAUCAUUAACAAUACCUGAAGAUGCUGUUUUACUUGAUCAAGAUCAUUUAAUAUUUCUUGCUUUACUUACUAUUGAAAAUCAAAUGCCUAUAUUAAAUAAUAAACAAACACGUUUAUCACCUGUUAUACUUAUUGGUCCAUCUGAUAUAACAUUAGUUAAACCAGCUGUACUUUCAUUUCAACAUUCAGCUAUAUUAGAAUCAUCAUGGAAAUUAAAUUUAAUGUUUACUGAUGAUAUUAUUCAUUGGAAAUCAAUAUUAACAUAUGGACAAGAAAAUAUUUCGACACCAGUUUAUUUACAAUUUAAUAAUGAACAACAAGCAUUUGUUUUAUUUGAAACAAUGGGUGCAUAUACAUUAAUUGGUGAAUCAAUAAUAAAUAAUCAUGCAUCAAAAUAUCUUCAAAUGGCUUGUUUUUAUAAUCAAUCAACAUUACGUCUUCGAUUUUUUGAUAAAACAUUAGAUGCAUUUGAACGUUGUUUAAAUGAAGAAUUUGCAAUGAAAUAUUUUCUAUGUGAUCAACCAAAAGAUUUUAUUUUACAUGAUUAUCAAGAUCAAAUAUGUAUUAAUGUUGAUUUAGAAUUAUCAACAAUAUCAAGAAUUAAUAUUGGUUAUAAAGAAAUUUCAUUAAUAUCAUUUUGGACAAAUCGUAUUGAUCGAUCAUGUUUUAUUUUUAUUAUACCAAAUUUACAAAUGAAUAAUGAUGAUAGAAUAAAUAAUUUUAUGGAUCAAUUUUCUAUCCAUAUUGAUGUUUAUCAACCAACGAUACUUGAAAAUGCAUUACAUACACGUUUAAUUAUUAAUACACAUCAUGUAAGUUUCUUAUAA